UGUAAACAAGCUCCAACGCAAAAUUAUACACAGUGAGUUUGUAGGAUCUGCUGUCUGUUUUGGGUUUAUUUCUGACUAUGAAAUGAAGUUAUUGUGGCUGUUAUCUUACUUAUAGUGCGAUAUGCCCACACGAAUUGCCGAUGGAAUUAAUUUUGAAGUAACUUAAUCUUUAAAUGAAUUGAUGUGUAUGUGAUGAGCGUAACAUUGAGCGAUGCUUCGCUGGUGAGUGCCUUAAUGUAAAAUCAUAAUAAUUGCCUAUUUGGGUUGCUUAUCCCAGUAACCUCAUGAAUGUAUAUUAAUUUACAAUAUGUAGGCUAUAUUAUUCCAUAUAAAUCGAGAUAUAUAUUUAUUAUUGACAUAAAAUGGGUUAAAUUAACCCUCUUAACUUGAUCGUUCAACACUAAACAGAUGUAACCCAAUGUAUAUUUGUGAAACAUCAAUAAUUUAUGAAGAAAACACAAAAGAUAUCAUGACCGUGAAGAAGUUUGUAUAUAUCUGAUACAAAAUUAUGCUGAUUUACAUAAACUUUAUAAGUUCAUUUUUCUCACCAAAUAUCAUUGAUUAUUAUAAAUUGUUGAAGAAUACGAAUGUUCUCAUCAAGACGUUUCACAAUCCAUUUACAACAUUCGCGUACGGCCGCUCAUGCCUCAUAUUGUAAAUAGUACACCACAGCUAAUUAAAAAAGUUGUCCUUCAAAAAUAUCUUAAACCUUAAACAUUGGGCGCGCAAGGUAUGAUGGGUAACGUCCUAUUUAGAGUCUGAAACUCGGGAAAUUUGCUUUGCAACAAUGCUAUAUAUAAUGAACACGUUCGAUGAUUCCCGCAUUUCUUUGUGUGCAUGUUAACAACAAAACAAUCUAUACUCGUUCUGGUACUGAGCAUGCAGUAUAGUCAGGAGUUUUCUACGUUUUGUAAGGAAUGAAAUCCCAGAAAUACUCGUAAAUAGUUCUAUAUUAUGAGUUUAUCGUUCUAACAUUGACUUUGUAUUUCCGUGCGUCUGUAUAGGAAGUGUGCCUUCUAUUUACCUUCUAUUCAUCUUAAUAAAACAAAGAUAUAGAGUCAGGCAAUGUCCAUCAUUGCCGGGCAAAUUUUUGCCCCCCCCCCCCCUACGCCUAUGCACCGUGUAUAUAUAAUAUAUUUAUUGACAUUAAAUAUAUAUUUAAGCAAUAAUAUUUAACAAAUAACAAGGAAAACAAAAUGUACAGGUAUAUUGUUAUAUUCUUGCAGGUAAUGUGGUUAACCUUAUAUACUGAAUAAUUUAUUAUCUUCUCAGCACAUCGCAAAUUACACAGGCGUAUAUUUUUGUUACCUUUAUUGUUCUUCUUUUGUAUACCAAGUAUGAGUUCUGCAUUGAGGCGUUGUUGCUAUAAUUUAUUAGUAACUGUAUAUGACUCCACAGCCAAAAUUGCGGCACAUAGGAGACUGUAAAUAAAUACGAUAUUGGCUCGAACUGUAAUUGGUUUAUUUUUUUUAAAUAUUUUAUUCAAUAUAUCCCUUUUACCAUAAAAUAUGUUGGGUUGUAUAUGUGGGUCAUGAAUAAUUAAACCUACAGUAACACACUCAAAUUUCACUAUACUGCAAGCGUAUCGUGUAAUCAACUUGAACACGUAGGCCUAUAUAUGAAUCCAUCCAGGAAAUUGUAUAUGUGAAUCAUAGAUAAAAGUGCUAAAGAUAUGUCAUUUUCUUUCAAACAGGGAAAAGCUGUGUCCGAUACAAAUGUCUUCAUUGCAGCUAACAGAAUAUUGGGAAAAUAUUCUAUUAACAUACAUGACAAGACAGAUCAAAAUGGGGAAGUUGAAAAAUCUUCCACUAAAACUGCAACAAGACUAGCACCAAGGUUAAGAUUGGAUAGACUUGACAGGUCCAUCGAAGUGCAAAAUGCGUGCGAGUGCCUUGAUAUGGAAAAUCCGGAGUCAUUCAAAAGAAGCUGCAAUUCUGUUGAAAUUUCUCCUGCAACAUUUUCAUAUCUUGUAUACACCUUGUCAAGAAACGAACCCAUUAUAAAUCUUCGAAAUCUUGGAAUCGGGCCAGCAGGUGCACUGGUAGUGAUGCAUAAGCUUGUGAAAGAUAAACCAACCGUCACUGAACUAGACGUAUCUUCGAAUAAUCUAGGAGACAGUGGUACUGUAACCAUUUGUAAUUUUUUAGCCACAAAUGACACCGUUCUAAAGGUCGAUUUGACCAGGAACUCUAUCCAAAGAGUUGGGGCGAAUGCUAUCGCAAGCAUGUUGGCUGAAAACAGAAAAUUGAAAACGCUUGUUUUAUCGCACAACGCCUUAUCAGAAGAACAUUUUGAACUUAUUGCCAGCCAGUUACAGACUGAGCAGAGCUUAGAAAAUCUCGAUCUUAGUUCAAAUUCCUUUACGUCAAAGUGCGGAUAUAUUUUCAGUUGUCUUUUUGCGAAAAAUAUUUCCCUAGUGACGCUCAAUCUCUCCUGUAAUUACAUCGGCGAUGAUGGAAUACAAGAUUUGAUACCUGGAUUAAAACAAAAUGGAACCAUCCGAAAUUUGGAUCUAUCGUGGAAUAACAUAGGGGAUGAAGGUGUUGCAUGGAUUGCGGAAUUCUUGAUCUCAAACAAUGUUUUAAGCCACCUCAAUCUAAGCUACAAUCGAGUGAAUACUAAUGGUAUAAAGUGGUUAGCUGAAAGUUUAUCCAUUAACGGCAGUUUAGAAUUUUUGGAGCUCAGUGGAAAUAGCUUGCACUCUCAAGACGCAGUCAUGCUAAUGGAAGCCAUAUUAGAGAAUUCUUCGUUGAAACUUGCGCGUUUGUACUUGGGCGAAGUAACUAAUUGCCCAGAAUUUGACAAACUUUUUAAUGAAAUUCGAAGUAAAUACAAAAAAUUUGAAGUAUUUGGAAUGGUCAAUGCGGUUGGACAAGUGAUAAAAUUAAGACCUCAGAGGAAUCCAUUGGAUGUACUAGACAGCUAUAUUGCAAACAAUAACUUAUGCAGACCUGUUUCUUUCGCUGACUGAUUGAUACUACACUAUUAUUAAAUGAGCAGUAACUUUGAGAGUGAUAUUUAAACUAUACAAACUGGCGAAUUGUUAGUAAAGGUGCACGCUUUCUCAGACUGCAGUUGCAAUGAUUGAGGAAUGAGGAGUCUAACCUAUCAAUUGAUUGAGGAGUUUAACACUAAUAUUGUUUAAACAGUCUCCUAAAUUAAUGGACCAUUUGCAUUAUAGACUUAAUUUUGGUCUAGACAAAAAUUUUAUCACAGCUUGAAAGAGCAUCACAAAAUUAGUAAUAUUCCAAAGUUUCGUUGCGAAAUGUUGUAAAAUGCGGAUAAUAUAGUCUUGCG